AUGUCUCCAUUAUUAGAAAAAUCCCAAACUUUACGCAAAUACCUCGACUUGCCUCAACACGGUAAAGUUAUUGCAGAAUACGUCUGGAUUGAUGCUGCCGGUAACAUGAGAUCCAAGGCUAGAACCUUGAACAAGAAGAUCAACAGUGUCUCCGAAUUGCCAGAAUGGAACUUUGAUGGUUCUUCAACUGGCCAAGCUCCAGGUGGUAACUCUGAUGUUUACCUUAAGCCUGUUGCAUUCUACCCAGAUCCUUUCAGAAGAGGUGAUAACAUUAUUGUUUUGACUGAAUGUUGGAACAAUGACGGUACUCCAAACAAGUUCAACCAUAGAUACGAAUGUAACAAGUUGAUGAAUGCCCAUGCUGAUGAAGAAGUUUGGUUUGGUUUAGAACAAGAAUAUACUUUAUUAGACCCUGUUGACAAUUACAUUUAUGGCUGGCCAAAGGGUGGUUUCCCAGCACCUCAAGGUCCUUACUAUUGUGGUGUUGGAGCUGCUAAAGUUUAUGCUAGAGAUGUCAUUGAAGCACAUUACAGAGCAUGCUUAUAUGCAGGCAUUACCAUUUCUGGUAUUAACGCUGAAGUUAUGCCAUCCCAAUGGGAAUUCCAAGUUGGUCCUUGUGAAGGCAUUAAAAUGGGUGAUGAGUUAUGGAUGGCUAGAUUUUUAUUAGAAAGAGUUUCUGAGGAAUUUGGUGUUAAGGUUACCUUCCAUCCAAAGCCUUUAUCUGGUGAUUGGAAUGGUGCAGGUUGUCAUACCAAUGUCUCUACAAAAUCUAUGAGAGUCCCAGGUGGUAUGAAGCAAAUCAAUGAAGCAAUUGAAAAGUUGUCAAAGAGACACAAGGAACAUAUCGAAUUAUACGGUAAAGAUAAUGAACAAAGAUUGACUGGUAGACACGAAACUGCAUCAAUGGAAACUUUCUCAGCUGGUGUAGCAAACAGAGGUGCUUCUAUUAGAAUCCCAAGAUCUGUUCAAGCUGAAGGUUAUGGUUAUUUUGAAGACAGAAGACCUGCUUCUAAUAUCGAUCCAUACUUGGUUACUGGUAUUAUGGUUGAAACCAUUUGUGGUGCUGUUCCAGAUGCUGACAUGUACCAAGAGUUCAAGAGAGAAUCUGCUUAA